AUGAAUAACUCACAGCUAAGAACAGCAUUAUUGUCGUUCUUACCACCAACAGCCCUGACACCGUUAGUGCAGCCAGCAUCUCGGUUAGACCUUUCCCUCGUUGCUCUUAUGAGUACCGUACUUGCCACUGCUACUCAUAUUGUCCGUACGCAAACCAGACCUAGCCAACAAACUUAUAACGAUGUUUAUAAGCCAAAUCCUAGAUCAACAUUACCAACUGGUAUAACGAUAAACAACAACACCAGCAACAGCAAAGCCAGAUGUAAUACGGAUGUCGCUUUUGAUAUGUCCCCAAACCCGGAGAGUAGUAUUGGCAAUGGUGGCCAUAAAUAG